AUGUCAGCUUACUAUGUAGCCGCUGGUUACGGGAAUGUCUGCACCCUCGAGACCCUCGAAAAACAACGAUCAUCUGGAUCAGCAUCAAACGAGCACCAAAUACCGGCGAAGACACCGUCUCGACAACGGCGUGGUGAACUAGCACAUGCAUUCCAAGCCGAACCCAGAUACUACCUAGGAAUGGCCGAGCUCGUCUCGGGUGUUUGCUUGUCUAUGUCCUUGGCUGCCGCCACCGAGCAUAUGGUAUCACUUAUCUUACCUUCAAAUCCCCCCAAAAAACACUGCGAUUACCGCAACCCAGCACGAUGUUCUCAAUUUUUAAUCCUAUCCGGAACGCUGGUCUUCGAUGAGGUCGUCGACACGCGUUGCGUGACCGCUGCCUAUGUCGGCCGAGGCGCCACUAAUGGGGGCUCUACCGAGAUAUGUGCAUGUUUGAUGUGUGGAUACAAACCUACUUUGUACUUGGAGUAA